AUGGAAGCGCAGGCACCGCAGCGAAUGCUGCCCACCAAGCCGGCCGGCCUCAACAACAUCCUUAACACAGACGAUCGAGCACCUUCCCAUACCGCAGCCGCCCCUCAACUUCGCGAUUCUGGAUUUUAUUCCACCCACGACAACUCUAGCAAGCAUACCUCAGCAGCAUCCUUUACGGUUCCUGGACUCAGCCCUGCCGGAUCUGGCUAUUCUUCAGUUGACAAGACGCCUUCCCCUGUAGCCACCAAUAUGCUGCCCCAAUCGGUUGUUUCCCCCUCUGCUAGUAACAUGAGCGUGGCCUCGAUGGUUUCUCCUAGCAAUGUUCCCAUUGUUCACAACGGCGCCGACCAGCGAAGAUUCGACCGACCAACCUCGCUAGAUACACCCCACUUCUCAGGGCCAAUGCUGGGAGAAGGGCUCGCUAAUAAUGCGGCCAGCCGACGUGAAAGCGUGGACAGCAGAAUCAACCAGGGCCUUAGUGAUAUGCGCCUGGGAGGCUCUCCGUACACUAGCAACAAUCAAUCUUCGACGUCCAUCCAAAACACACUCCAUGCGCAGCGGAACCCCAGGCCCGGUCUGGAGGCUCUUGCCCACCAUAGAAUUUCAAAUGGCUACCAGCCUAGUGCUGAACGAAACCCAGAGACAAAGGUGAUUAGGACUGCCCCUACAAUCACUGGACCAACAACUGGCCAUAUCGCCCGUGCUGCCGAGCCGACUAAGGGUCAGGCGUGGGCUUUCCCGGCGGAGGAAGAUGAUAAAGCCAAUAACCAAUCUUCAUACGAUUUAUCGCGUCGUAGUAGCAUUACGGAGUCUAUUGCUAGCAGCCAGUUUACCACCGAGUCCAGGCUGCCGCCGGGCCAGCGCAGACUUGAAGAUGGGGCUGAGUUUUCCCGCAUGAACUCAUCCGAGUUCCCGCCUGUGCACCACCAUAGCAUGCAGCACAAGCAGCUUGCCGAUCUUCAAGCUGAGGAGAGUAACGGAGCCACGGGAUCACAGCCCUAUAGCCGAACCCCUGAGCUCAGAGUAAGUCACAAACUGGCUGAGCGAAAGCGAAGAACCGAGAUGAAGGAGCUGUUUGAUCAGCUACGCGAUUUGAUGCCGCAGGAGCGUGGCUCAAAGGCUUCAAAGUGGGAGAUUCUCACAAAAGCCAUUGCGGAGCAUCAAAGACAGGCUGAGCACGUUCGAGCGCUCCAAAAUCACUAUAACGCGACCAUAGCCGAGAACGAAAUGCUACGGCGAGAGGUGUCAGGACUGCGAAUGGACAACACCCAGCUCAUGACAGAGCUGGGUCGCCUCACAGAGCUGAAUCGCCAGACAGAGCUGAAUCGCCAGACAGAGCUGAAUCGCCAGUCAGAGCUGAAUCGCCAGUCAGAGCUGAAUCGCCAGUCAGCGGCGCCUUCUGCGCCCAUUAGCCAGCCUGGUUACUCGCCUGAUCACUAUGCAAGUGCUCCCCGGACUGAGCUGCCACCUCUCCGGUCUCUUAACAACGGCAUCCAGAAUGGCCCUGACUCCAUGACGGGUGUGCAGUAUGAGGCACCACGAUCUAAUGGGUACCGACCAGAGCGUUACUAG